AUGAAAGAGUUUGUUGAUCUCAAGAUGGUUGAACUUAAAACGGAGAUGGCCAAGGAGGUUGAGAAGAUAGAGAAAAAUUAUUAUGUUCUUCAUGGAAAAUUUGAUGUUAUUCUUGAUGUUAUUGCAAAGAUGGUUGAAUACAAUACCUCUUAUUUGACCAAACUUGAUGUGAAGACGGAACCACAUUCCCAAUUUAUUUCAUCUAUUGAGGCUAAUCUUAAAGUGGAGCUUGCUCCCAUCCUUGAGUUGGUUCUUCUUUUACCAACUAAUGCUCCACCUACGAAGCAUGUGUCACAAGGGGAGAGAAAGGAUGUAGAGGCAUUGGAUCUUUGA